AUAUCUACUACUCUUACCACAGAUGAUAAUGCACAUAUUUUAGAAAAAAUAUCAAGUUGGGAAAAUAAUGUUAAUUUUAAUUAUGUAUUUCAUCAAUAUAUAAGUUCAAUGUGGGAGCUACCAGAAAUAGGUAAUUUUCUGGCUAUUAUAUUUAAAAAACUUGAUCUUGAUAUUAUUAACCAAGGUGAAAUUGAAAGAAUGUUUUUAAUGCCUAAAGAAUCUACAACUAUGGAUAAAGUUAUGAGUACUCUUUUGGGUUCAUUCAAAACAACCAAGAGUAGGCAAUUAAUGCCAUAUAAGGUUUGGUCUAAAAAACUUUCAAAGAAAGUAUCAGAUUGGUGUAGAGUAUACCAUGCAAAUAACCAAAAUAAAGUCAUUGCACUGGAUUUAUUGGGUAUCCAUCCAGAUUUUUGGACUGUUGUUAAUGAAAAAAAUCCUUUAAUUGAAAAAAACUACAGUGAACUCUCGUAUUUUAUAAAAGUUUGGCUUGUAAAAGGACUUUGUGAUUAUAUUACUAUUAAAUUUAAAACUAUCAAUGAUAUUGUAACCAAUUGUAAUGCAAGACAAUGUACAAUAUGGAAGAACGAUUUGGAAACUGAGGAAUAUUUCUUUUUUGAUUCAAUGCCAGAUUUAAGGAUAUAUUAUUAUAACAUUCCAUAUGAUGAACCAUGUCUUGAAUUUCUCGAAUCAGUAAAAACUGGUAAUGAAUUAGUAAAAUUUGAAGAUAAACUAACUAUGAAUGGUUUUUCUGAGGAUUUUCAUAUGAUACAAAAAAGAAAACAUUUUAAGCUUAUUGCUGAUUCGGUAGAAAGUCUUCGGGAUUUUGUUUAUGAAUUGAAUACAGAUGGAAAAUCAGUUCCUGAAAAUUUAAUAAGCUCUCUAGAGAAUUUUAUUGUUAAUAUUGAACCGGAAGAAUAUAAUUACAUUGCCAUGAACAAUGAUUCUAAAAUACAAUUAUUUAAGGACUGGUUAUCAUAUAUGGAUAAAGAUAAUAUAUCAGUUUCGGAAGAAAAAGAUUCUAAGUCAAUAGCUAAAACUAAAAAUGAAGAAUUAAUUAUUGCUGAGAAACGUCAAAGAAAAUUAAUUGUUCACCAAAAUGUUGAUAAAAAUGAUUCUGAUGAAUAUGUUAGUGAAAAUGAUAUAUCUUUAUCUGAUUUUACUGAUUCCGAAGAUGAAUGGGGUGCUAUGAAUCAGCCUAAAUUUAAAGUCAAACAACCACAGCAAGCACCUUCUAAACUUGUUCUUGAACUAGAAAAGCAAGUAACAGGAGUAAAUAAAAAGCUAAAAGUCGGUACUAAUAACCUGUUGAAUACUAAUCAAAGUGAUGAAAGAAAUCAACAAAAUAUAAGAUUGGUUUCUUCAAAAAAUGUAUCAGUUUUGAAAGAGAAAGAUUCAAAGUCAACAGAUCAAGGUAAAAAUGAAGAAUUAAUUAUUGCUGAGAAACGUCAAAGAAAAUUAAUUGUUCACCAAAAUGUUGAUACAAAUGAUUCUGAUGAAUAUGUUAGUGAAAAUGAUAAAUCCUUAUCUGAUUUUACUGAUUCCGAAGAUGAAUGGGGUGCUAUAAAUCAGCCUAAAUUUAAAGUCAAACAACCACAGCAGACCCCUUCUAAACUUCUUCUUGAACUAGAAAAGCGAGUAACAGAAGCUGGGAAAAUGUUAAAAUAUGAUACUAAUCAAAGUGAUGUAAAGCAAUUGAGAUAUGAAGAUAAAAUUUCAAAACGUACACAUAAAAUGUGUAAGACUAAUAGUAAAGAUAAAUCUAUCAAAUCAGUUAAAUUACUGAAGACUCAAAAUGAAGGGAAAAUAUGUAGUAAUAAUACCAAUACAUUACCAUUAGUUAAGGGUAAUAAUAAAGACAAACAACCUCUACAAACAGCUCCUAAACAUAUUAAACUACAAAAGCAAUUAAGGGAAGAAAAUACUACUUUAAAAAGCAGAUCAAUUAAAGGGUUUGAUAGAAAAGAUAAAAAUAUCAAAGCAUUUGAAUUACUAAAAACUCAAAAUGAAGGGAAAAUAUGUAGUAAUAAUACCAAUACAUUACCAUUAGUUAAGGGUAAUAAUAAAGACAAACAACCUCUACAAACACCUAAACAUAUUAGACUACAAAAACAAUUAAGGGAAGAAAAUACUACUUUAAUACACGGAUCCUUAUCUGAUUCUACUGAUUCCAAAGAUGAAUGGGGUGCUAUGAAUCAGCCUAAAUUUAAAGUCAAACAACCACAGCAGACACCUUCUAAACUUUUUCUUGAACUAGAAAAGCAAGUAACAGGGGUAAAUAAAAAGCUAAAAGUCGAUACUAAUAACCUGUUAAAUACUAAUCAAAGUGAUGAAAGAAAUCAACAAAAUAUAACAUUGGUUUCUUCAAAAAAUGUAUCAGUUUUGAAAGAGAAAGAUUCAAAGUCAACAGAUCAAGCUAAAAAUGAAGAAUUAAUUAUUGCUGAGAAACGUCAAAGAAAAUUAAUUGUUCACCAAAAUGUUGAUACAAAUGAUUCUGAUGAAUAUGUUAGUGAAAAUGAUAAAUCCUUAUCUGAUUUUACUGAUUCCGAAGAUGAAUGGGGUGCUAUAAAUCAGCCUAAAUUUAAAGUCAAACAACCACAGCAGACACCUUCUAAACUUUUUCUUGAACUAGAAAAGCAAGUAACAGGAGUAAAUAAUAAGCUAAAAGUCGAUACUAAUAACCUGUUAAAUACUAAUCAAAGUGAUGAAAGAAAUCAACAAAAUAUAACAUUGGUUUCUUCAAAAAUGUAUCACUUUUGA